UGUGUCAGUCGGAUCCGAUCGUCGCACUAGACGCGUGUCAUUCCGUGAGUCUUUCCACCCACAGACGAAAAGGGUGUGUGUGUGUGUGUGUGUGUGUGUAUAUAUAACGCGCAUUUGUGUAUUUCAUCCGGACGGAAGGAACUUCCCCCCUCAUAUUCUACCCUUACUCUCCAUACCUGGAAGAGAUAAUCAAGAGAAGGUGUAGAAGAAGAAACGCUAAAAUACGGACGUCCGUUGUCGCACGCGCACGCUUGAUGACGCCUUGUUACCUUGUACUUGGUGUCCCAUCCUAACCAGGCGUAGCAGUAGACGCUUGAACCUUAUUACCCGAGACACCUUCCCGGCACCAUUCAACCUGAACCCGGCCGUUUGACCACAUCUGCGUUCAGACCACGGGCUUAGAUAACGCUAAUAAGUAGCGUCCAACCGCUCUGACGUGCUCUGCCCGCUGCCGUGUUGGCUUUCAAUUAGUGAAAUUGAUUGGCUUUACUACCACCACCGAUUGCUGAUUGAAACAUCCCAAACACCCGUGCGUCCUCCUGGGGUGGACAGAUAGGCGACGGCGGUUACCCACCCGAUUUGCGGUUUCUGCUGUGCGUGCGUGCCCCUGUGCCCCUGUGUGAUGAGUGAGGGUGGAUCUACUCCGUCGCUUGUUAUCUAUUACCAACCGGGUGUCUUACGCACCAGUUCUUCAGCUCGAUAAAAGCGGUGCCAGGUUCUGGAACGUGUGCCCAUUCACGCGUCCAUAUUAAACGGUGGUGAGCUGGUGACGCUGUUCUAAAAUUCCGUGCCCGUGCUAAAAACCGCACCAUCAAUUCGACGAGCUCAACCGAACCGGCGCAGUGCCGCACAUCAUGUCCACCAGCGUUACGCCCAGCACACCCGGCAGUACGGGCGGCAAGCUGCUCAAGAAGAACUCCGUCUCCUUCAGUGAGCAGCUAGAAAGUGAGCUAGCGUCACUCGGCGAAACAGCUACCGCCACCGUUGACGAGGAAGCGGACAGCCCCCACAACGAAGACGAUGCUCAGCCGGUACUGAGCUUCGCCAAGGACAGUAACUAUCUGUCCGUGCCGAAAGGUGAUCACGACCCGGACAGCGGGAUACAGCUGCUAGGCAAAUCGGGAGGUUCGAUCUUGAGCAACGCGAAGACAAUGCCGGUCAAAUAUAAUCACCAUCACAACCAUCAGCAUCAUGGGUCCAGUACGAUGCUGGAUCAAAUACCGGAAGAUCUGGAAUCGCGGCGGAAUGGUGGGGGAGGUGGUGAAACGUACACAUCCGGCCGACGUUCGUCCUCUGUCGCGCAUGAGGGCCAUGGACACACGAAACCAUCACUGAUGGCUGCCAUUCGUCGAGGAUCGCUGGCCUGGUUGCCUGGGCGACGGCAUCACAACAAUGAUAUUGAGUCAAACAUGGGCAGCAAAGUGUCGUUAAGCCAGCUGCCACCAUCGAGUGGACCACUGAGUGAGCAGGCACUGGAAUCGCGCCGUAAAAACAGACGCUUUGGAGAUGAUGCACUCAGUACAGCUCUAUCCGCUUUGUACGCAAAGAUAGUCGUCAUCCUCGGUAUUGCGCUACCGGUCACCGAGAUUCUAUCCUCCCAGAUACCGGCCAACGUUUACCAGGGCUUCUACCUGUUUCUCUACACCGUCAGCAUCGCGUUUGUGAUCUUCGUGUACGCCUCCACGAUGCGACGACGUGCAGUGCUAACCCUCAUCAAGAGUUAUCAUGAGAAAACGAACAGUAGCUCCUCGACGAAGAAGCGCAUACCGCACUUUGGUAGCUUCUAUCUGCGGGUCGGUGCUAUCGCGUUCGGUAUCGGUACGAUGGUGUACUCGGGGCUCGAGUUUGGACAGUACUUCGAGCUGAACGCAUCACCCGGAUGUUCUAGCAUCUUCAUCGCACUAACGCCGGCCGCCCGGAUGCUGCUGUCGCUGGUGCAGAUGCAGUUCAUCUUUCUGAACACGUCCGAUUUGGAUAUGGCCAGACAUAAGGUGUUUGCUAGGUUUGGGCUAAUGCAUAUGGUCGCGACGAAUCUGUGCGAGUGGUUGUACGUGUUGGUGGAGGAGACAAAGCACGAGAUCCACCAUCUUGCCCAUACGGCACAUCACAAGGGUGAUGCACUGGACACCUACACAGCGCUAGUUACGGCCGCAUCAACGCCAACCAGCACUGUCUCCACCACGACCACAACUUCAGACUCUUCGGAAGAGCUGCUAGAUGCCGCCCUCAAUCACACACUGGUCCGGCGUGCCACCGAACCUGCAGCAGAGUACGUCGACUGUCAACGCACCAACAUAAUGGGAUCGCUCGUCCAGAACGUAUCCCCAUUUCUCUUUCCCUGCACGAUCGAGUACUCGCUCAUCUGUGCCGUCAUCCUGUACGAGAUGUGGAAGAAGGUUAAAACGAUUGCAGAGAUCGAUCGUACACGCCGCAGCUCGAUCAAGGUGCAGACCGGAGCCGGCUCGAAGAGUGCUCACCAUUUCUCCGUCGACUGUUCCCGGGCACAUCGGGGCAUGUUUGGCGGUAUCCUGCUGACGGUCCUCACAAUCAUCUGUCUCAUCAUGUACUUCGUGCUGUAUGACGAACCCGGAUACGAGUACUUCGCGAUCCAGGAAGUGACGAUCGCGGAAACGCUCAUGUACGCACUGACAGCGGUCGCGGUGGUGGUCGCCAUGCUGAAGAUGCGUGAUCUGAAGUACCAGCGGAAGAAGAACGACCAUCACAGUGGGUCGAUCAGUCUCGACUGUACGCUGCUGGUGUUGGCCCAAACGGGGGUGUACGUGUACGGGAUGUUCAGUAUCGUCGGCAGCUACUUCUCGAUGAAGCAGGGUGUGCCGGGAGCGAGGGAAGGCUUGGUGGCGGAACUGUUCAGCCUCAUACAGACCUCGAUCCAGACGCUGUUUAUCCUGAACGCGGUCUGGCGCAAGUGCCGCGGUGCUCAGCAGAACCGCACGAAACCGGGCAGGGAGAUCGUUACCUUCCUGCUGGUCGCCAACAUGGCGAUGUGGUUCAUCAACACGCUGAUUAAGGGACGGGCCAGCUUCCGGCCGUCUCAUCUCGAUUUCUUCGGCACCUGGGCCUGGACGGUGAUUACGCACGUGUCGAUGCCGCUCGCCAUCUUUUACCGGUUCCACUCGACGAUCUGUCUGUUUGAGGUGUGGAAAUCGACGUACAAGGUGAAGAUCAACGAUCAUCAUUAGUGGUAGUAGGAGUAGUAGUUGCAGUAGCAGCAGUGGUGACGACUGGUACAACAUUGUAGAUAGUAAAGACGAGACUGGUGUCCAGAGCGAACACACACACAAAAGCACACCGUUAGCAGCCCAGUAGCUUAGAAGGAUAGACGAAAUAUUCUUGGUCCCAAGAUGGCCGCCUGUGACUUAAACGCCUAGUGUUAAGCUAAUCGAACGUACUUCCGCGACGGUUCUCGAUAGAGCAUUCGCACGCCUCUGUGUCACCACUGUCGAUCUUCUCCCACAGUGAGGGAUUAUUCUUCCACUAAAUAUUGAAAUAAGC